AUGGACCGUAUCUGGGAAGGGCGCUUGUUAUCAGACUACUUUUAUAAAAAGGUGCACACGUUUGUAUCUUGGACCUACAUCUAUAUUAUGAAGCUUUUCACGAUCCUCGGUACUGCUCUCGCUGGUAUUGUUGCUGCGCAAAACGUGACCAAGCCGAACAUUGGCACGAAAGAGAACAUCACGCACAUCACCCCUGAUGGAUUCUACAUCCCUGGCCCUGCCAACCUGUACUCGCAAAUCGUCACGUACCCUGCGAAUGCCCAGCGCUACGAGCUGGCGGGAAUUUCGCCGUACUGGACAAAUGGCACUAUGCCCGAGAAGAUUGAGGACCAGGCUGUCGUUGUGAUGCAGAACAUCAACCAGACCCUCACGUACGCCAACUUGACCGCUGCAAACGUGGUCCGCAUCCGUAUUUACACACCGCUCAUGGACAAGUUCAUCAUGAGUGAUGCGCUUAACACCGUAUACAGCUUCUUCGGUGACCUGCGCCCAACGUCGACGCUGAUCGGCGUGCAGCGUCUCGCACGCGAAAACAUGUACUUGGAGAUCGACAUGUCGGCUGUGAAGGUCAACUAA